AUUGUGUUCCGGCCGGUAAGGCACGAGCGCAGAAAAAUCUUUUUCACACUUACAGGAGGGCGCAUGCGCAGAGAGGACACCAACUGGUUUGUGUCAAGUCGAGGCAGACGGAUGUGAUCGAGCCAAGAAAUCACCUGUAUUCUGGCAUUCAUGGUGACACAGUGAGUACACGUUUACCUUAGACUUUUGUACAGUGUUAGAAUUAGCAUGUUAUUAAAUUUUUGUGCAUUUUUUGGGCGAAUAAAAGAUGAAAUAUGAGGAUACAGAAAGGCUGUUGCAUGAAGCAUCUUCAUACAGCAGGCAGAAACAGUGAUAGAAAUCUGUAAAGAAAUAAAAUAAGGUGGAUAUUCGCAUGUGUGAAGCUUUGUUGAUUUGAAAAGGAAAAAAAUCGGCUGCAAAAUACCAGCUUUUCUGAUCAGAUGAUGUGAUAAUGCUCCUAUAAAUGGCUGCAUGCUGCUUUCUUCAGGAUGACUGCCUGUCUUGAAUCGAGCGUCAUAUGUGUGUGUAUGUAUCCUCCUGAGGAUGCGACUGAUGGAUGCGAUCGCUGCAGUCCUGGAGUAACGCCUUGUCGCUAUCAUUACCGCUCAUCCUUCAUAGACAGAGAGAGAGAGAGAGGGGGGAGGAGGAGGAGGACAGAGGAGAGCGGUUGUUGCUCAUCACAUAUAUUUGUUAAUAUUUGUUAAAUUGAUCCUAAAACUGCUCGGGUGUUUGUCAUUUGCAGCUCGAGAUCUGCACUCAAACGCACCACACGCCUCGAUGAAUGGUGGGAGAAGUCCAAAUUUGGUGGUUGCAUUGCACAGAAGUUGAACCCACACAGAUCGUGAAGUGCUUGUGCACUGCCCAAGGCACGUUUUUUUUUCCUCCACCUUUAUAUUCAGGAGUUUUAAAAAAAAAUUGCAAAUUUGAUCAACAAAAGAGUCAAACUGAUCAUGUGGUUUUGUUUGAUUGAUUAGGCUUGAUCCAUCCUCCUCCUCCAGGCCAUCAUGCAUCACGCUAGAUCUUUAAUCUCCUGUGUUUUCUUGGAUUGCGUGUGUAAGUCUGCAUGUGUUUGUGCGUGUGAUUCUCCAUCUUAAUGCAGUAAUAAUCUUCCAGUAAACACACCCACCCUCCCCCCUUUUUCUCUUUUUCUCUUGCUUGCUCUUCCCCCUCAAGUCCAUGGGCUCAGAGCGGGUGGAGAUGCGUAAAAGACAGAUGCAGGUUCACCAGGAAGCAGCUGCCAGUGUCCUCCAAGCGCGCCACAGAAUGGGAAACACCCCCACCAACGCCUCAAACGCCUGCUGCUUCUGCUGGUGCUGCUGCUGUAGCUGCUCCUGGUAAUGACACUCCUCAGGUUCCCACACAGCGGGCUGCAGACAGGAGAUGUGUGGUCUGAGACAUGGGGGGGAUAAUGGUCUAUUUACUGGCAGAUUACUGAAGACAUGUGGGUUGAAAUGGUGGGAUUGUGGCCGACUUUCAGUCAUCUUCCUGACAUCUCCCACACACUUAGGCUCAAACCCAUCUCUCAUUUGUACUUUUCCCCCCUUUGCCUCCUGAGUUUAAAAGCGCAGUGGCAAAAUCUCAACCCACAAAUGGUUAUCAGGAGCUGUCAAUGGCAUUUAUGUAAAUGGACACACUCCAGCUUGCUAACUAAUUAGACAGGGAGAUCAGCAUACUAAAGGUGAGUUUAAAAGAGUCAUAUCAGGUAGCAUUGUAAGUUAGAAACAGAAAUGGUUUUUAUCCGUGGGAUAGAAACGUUCUUGGAUGUCACAGAUGCACACAGAGUUUAUUGUUGGAAAGCGACCAGUCUCACGGUGGGAGUGGAUUUUACUGUGAGUUUGCAUGUACAGUUCUGUUUUUAACCCUAGACUACUAAAAUUAGUAACACCAUCACUAUUGCCGGGUGAUUUUUAUCCGAAAUAAUAUACCCAAGAAAAAGUACUUGUCAUCAAAAUAUAUAAAAAUAGGAUAAUACAUGAUACAUGCCAUGAGGGGACCAUAUAAAAAUGCAACAAAAUAACUGAAAUUAGACUGUAAACUUAGUUUCUUUUCCACCCAUUCCUGACGUAUGUGAGUCUUCUGUGGUGAAGACUCAGGGUCCUUGGCACAAUAACAGCUGCAGGAGAGAGAACCAAAAUAUGGCAGAUUUAGAGUAAGUAAAAAUGACCAGCUGACUAAAAUAUUUCUUAUCACUACUUUGUGAUAGUUAUUCAUAACCACUGUGCUAAAUAAAGAUAGCAUGCAAAUUCCAGGACCACUCUUACUGACAUGCAGCUAACAAAUUCAUCUAAACUUACCCUCUAUCACUAUUGCAGAGUGAAAAUCACCCAAACACGUGCCUGUAGGAAAAAGCAGGUUUUGGAUCAGAGAAACAAAUAUGCCUUCAAAGAUGUCAAAGGCAAUGCUGAAGCUACCCAGGGACACAUGAUACUCAGACAAACGCAACAUGAUGAAAAUCACAUAAACAUGUUUGAUUGGGUGAAAAUCACCUGGCCAUAGUGUUUUAGGGUUAAGCUGAUAUUGAAAACACAACAAUAUCAUGGUUCCUGACUUCUGUCCAUCAUGAUUUGACUCCUUGGACUUGUUUGUGCUGACUGCCUCAUGCCGUGCAUCCCAUCAUUGUUUUUCAAGACGCACAAAACUAAGUGGAAGGCAUUGAUAUGAGACCCAUUAAGUAAAGAGGUAGAUGAUGUAGAUGGGUUGAAUUAGUGGCUCUUACUUGGAACCAGUUUUCAAUUCCCAUCCAUAAGACAUUAACAACAAAAGCCAUUUGAAUUUUAAACAAAAACUGAAAUAAUUAUGUAGUGUUUUGGCAUCAAUCAGCAAAAAUAUAUCACAUAUUGUCUUGUGUAGACUGGCAUGUCAAGACCAUUGUGCGAUUAGACUGACAAAUGAGUGAUGGAGCUGUGACUUGAUUUCACAGCCAGCAGUUAAUGUCUGUUUUUGAUGAAAUACAACCUAGCAGAGCAGCAGCCAUCUUAGUUGUUGUUGUAGAAGUGCCUUCCAUACAAAGGUUGUUUAUUUUUAUCAUGGUUAGAGCAUACUUUAAAAUAUAUAGAUGCUGUAUGUGACAGCAGGUUGGUGGGUGUGGCAUGAUAGAGUCUGGAGGUCAUGCUUUGGAAAAUGUUGAUACUGUAAUGUUUCAAGAAGAGACUGCACUUUUUGAUGGGAUUAUUACCUUACUAAAGAUUCUGCAGAACAGGUCACACGUUUAAAAACUCGAAACUGGAGGAGUUUUACAAACCAACAUUUCUGCUGCUCAGAUUAGUCACCAAAGGGAUAAUUAGGCUCUUUUUCCUUGUUUUGAUUCUCGAAAUGUUGAGGAACGUUGCAGUGAUCUGUAUCAUUUUAAAUCUGAAGAUACUACUCUGAGUCUCAUUCUACUGUAGCAGCUCAGUCGUGAAUACAACUUAAAUUCUACCUCCAUCCUCCUACAUGUUCAACAACACCACAGCCCACGCUUACAGCCUAGAAAAACAGAAACGCUGCGGCCCCGUGACCUACGCUGGAUCUCAUUGGUCGGAGGCCUCAGGAGGUUUUAAUCUGUUUUGGAAUCAAACGCCGUUUACUUCGGCUUCCUCUGAGAUCCACCGACCUGUUGUGUGCAGAGCCUGGCCAUGUUAAUUCAGUCCGCUGGGGAUGAGUAAUACACUUUGUCUCCACAUCUAUUGUCAUUUCAUCUAUUUGUUGCACAGCUACGACAGGCUAGCUCCCAUGUGGGAUCGCUCACGUUGGACUCACCUGAACCAAUUAAUCUCCAGCCAGCUGCUACAUUGGCUUUUUAAUUACACACAGGGAAUCCCCACAGGAUGCGGCGGCCGGUUGAUAUAAUUAUCUAUUUAUCCAAAUGUUCCCAACAAUCCCAGUAGAUUCUCCGAAUCCAGUGUUGUGUUAUUUGAACCGAGAACAAACAGUGCCUUAAGUACAUUAAAACAGGCCUUAAAAAACCCUGGGAUAAACAUUACACUGAGGUUCAUGGCUUUUUCUUGUAGUUUGCCAAAUGGUUUACAGAUGAAAUUUGAGGAAAUGGAAAUGCCCUGUCAAUGAACCACUAAGAGCCAAUUUUACCCUCAAAUUUGUCCUGCAAUGUAAAACAUAGAGUUGAAUCUGUGGCCAAACAGACAGACAAAAAAAGUUUUUCUUGCCACUGUUGCCAAGCACUUGUUAAAGGGAUAUUCUGGCGUAAAAUUAAUUUAGGGUCAAACACACCAUAACACAGAGUUAGACACCCCUUCGAGAGAUGAAUGUUGCCUACCACUUGCUUCUCUAGUUUUGCCAACUUUAGUAACGACCGCACGAUAGCAAUACACAGCGGUCUGAGGAGCCAUAAAUAAACCUCAACCAAAACGCCACUCUAUAGCCACAAAUAAUGCUCAGAACAGCACCUAACUUCAUCAACAGUACAUAUAGGGUCCUAGCCACCAAACAUCUUUUUAGCUUUGCCUGAUUCUUAAGCAAAGAGACUAAACACAGCUCACCUACUCUCUUCCAGCAGCCCCUUGUUUGUAGCGAGACCUCAGGCCAGUCCAUUACAGACUACAGCGGGGUGACGCAGCUCAAGGAAGAACAUUUAUCAUCAUUACUUUAUCAUUUCCUUGAAGUAAUAAUCACCAUAUUAAUCGUUUUGAACUGCAGACGUGGUAGUUCUUCUGCCUUAGCGUCUGAGUCUGAUUGCAUUUCCAUGAAGAAAUGAUCAUAAACGUUCUUCCUUGAGCUGCGUCACCCCGGAUGUUUGGUGGCUAGUACUAUGGCUGGGACCCUAUAUGUACUGUUGAUGAAGUUAGGUGCUGUUCUGAGCAUUAUUUGUGGCUAGAGAGUGGCGUUUUAGUUGAGGUUUGUUUAUGGCUCCUCAGACCGCCGUGUAUUGCUAUCCUGCAGAAAUUAUCAUAGAUGAUCAACAUUCAUCUCUCCAGGGGGUGUCUAACUCUGUGUUAUGGUGUGUAUGACCCUAAAUUAAUUUUACGCCGGAAUAUCCCUUUAAUAGGUAGUUUAAAGCUGGGUCUCUCUUUAUGAAAUAGAUAAGAGUACAGCUUUGGGGUCAAGCUUUGAGGAAAUAUUCCGAUAUACAGUGUAUUAUAGAUAUAUCAGGGGUGGUUUGCCCUGCCUUCUUUUUAAGGCACCACUGUCAACAAAUUAAGACCAGCGCGAUUAUGAAAGAUGAGCUCCCGGUCUUGUUUCAUCUGAACAAUAACCAAAGAGAUAUGUUUGACCUCACCAGAUUCAACAUAUCUUAUCAAUAACUAUCAGACCAAUGAGCUGAGGCAGGCAGCCUCUGAAAUACUGAGCCUGAAGAGAAAAGUGGAAGCUGUUUGUUUUGAUGACAGGCAGAUGCUUCUCACUUACAUGAACCACAUUAUCUCAAGUUAAGAGGGCUAAUUUAGGAAAAGACUCUGGAGUUAUUUUAAAUGGAUCCUGAUCGGAGCUGCAUGAUGAGCUAUUCAUAGAUUUUCUUUUUUUUUUCCAGUUUGACUGUUCGGGGUGAGGAUGAGACGGUUCAGAGAUCGACUUUUGAGCGCAAAACAGAAGGAACCACAAACUGUGAAGAAAGGUACCAGCUUCACAUGAGAAACAUUUCAACGUCAGCUACAUAAAGAACAAGAGAGCAAUACAUCAACCUAUCUGUUAUCUUUCAGCCCGAAGCCUUCUCUGGAAGACGCUCGCUCCUGGUCAACGUCAUUCGAAAAGGUGAUGAAGAGUGCAGCGGGUCGAAGCUGCUUCAGGCAGUUCCUGCGGACGGAGUUUAGCGAGGAGAACAUGAUGUUUUGGCUCGCCUGCGAGGAUCUCAAGAAGGAGACCAACAAGACUGUGGUGGAGGAGAAAGUGCGUCAGAUAUACGAAGACUUCAUCUCGAUUCUUUCCCCUAAAGAGGUGAGAAAGCAAAGCAUGACAUUAUAAAAGCUUGUACAAUUUUUGAGCUCUCUAACCCUUGGCACAAACUCAAAGAUAACCCCAGAGCUUCAUCUUUGUAAUAAUCAGACAUGUUUCUGAUCUAGAUCUUUUCUUUUGCUUUUGUUGGUCGUAAAGAUGCAUCAUUAUUUAUUCGUCUUUUUUGACUAUCAGCUUUAAACACCUAAUUCAGAAUCAGCUAAAAUAACAGAACUAUGUUUGGGAAAUGAUUUAUCUUUGGUAUAUUUUAGUUUUAUAGUUUGACCAUGUCCCAUCUGUCAACAUGGAGAACCUGUACUGCAGCCCAUCAGAAAGUGAGAUCCAACCUUUUGGCUUCACUUUUGUGAGAGCUGUCCUGUUGUCCAUUUUUCUUUCCUUUGUCAUGCCUUCACUGAGAGCCCAACUGGAACCAGUCUUUGAGUAAUGUACCCUCUAUACAUGGGAGAUUCAACCACUGAUCUACACUGGUGAUCCAUGUUAUCCAGAUCUUAGUAGUCCAUGGUGUCACACCAGCAGUGGCCUCCUUGGAUGUUUAUGAAAAGGUCUCAUCUGGGCUUAAGACUGCCCCAUUCGAUGGGAAGAGAGGAGACCUGUCUGACAGAGCAGAUAGAGCGAGGGCUCACAAAUAAUCAUUAUUAUAUUGGCUUCAAGUUGUGCUUUGUUGUGUUUCUGCAUUGUUAUUUUGAGGGUGGAGACCUCAAGGUCUUUUCUAGGUCCUGCAGAUUCUUAAACCUCACAGUCUUUCUCCCCACAGUAGCUGUUUCUCUACUUUAUCUUCUGCCUGUUUACAUGUGACACAGCUCUGGUCUCCUAUCUGCUCAUCUUCUCCAGGUCAGUUUGGAUUCCCGUGUUCGAGAAGUGAUAAACCGCAACAUGCUGGAGCCGACCUCGUGCACGUUUGACGACGCUCAGCAGCAGAUCUACACCCUGAUGCAGAGAGACUCGUACCCCCGCUUCAUAAACUCCACUGCGUACACAGAUCUGCUGAAGAGCCUGGAAGAGCCUCCCCCUGAGCCAUAGACUGUCCACUGCCACACACUUUAGCUUUUCAAAUUUGGCGCAUGCGUCCCACCCGACGGCGUUUUCUGUGUGUUUUCCUGUUGGAGUCGUGCUAUUUUAAGACAGACAGACAGACGGGAAAAUGAACACUUCUUCAAACCGGUCUUAAUCCAGCUGUAACUGCAGUUUAUUUACCCAUGAUUAGCUUACCAAAAUACUUGGAGCAAACAAGAACAAAUGCUAUAUCCAGCACCAGUUGCUUGUUCAGAAAACAUAUCUAUAUUUUUAUAUAUUCCCAAGCGCUUGACAUUGCACUUUUCUACCUUGUCUAAUGAGAGAAAGCAUGUAUCUGUGAGCACUGCAUUUGUAUUUAGGUAUGUUGUGAGCCUUAAUGCAUAUCCAGUUCUUGUAGAAACUAGUAGGUUUUAUUUAUCUGUAACUUAAGAAGAAGGAAAGUGCCUUGGAAUAAGAUCUUCUACACUCGCACCUUUGCUCUAACAAAGACGGUGACGGUGCGACAACAACUUCAUAUGUUGGUGCUUUCAGCUCUUCUCAAAGAAAACAUUUUUACAACUCAACGAGCUGAUUCCCAGGAAUAGAUCUUGUCUGUGUGUUUCAAUACUGUGAUUUUAGUCAUAAUAUAUUUAAUUUUAACCAAACAGGGAAGAAAAGAAUACUGAAUACAUGACCAUGACCACUGAUAUAUUUGUGUAUUUAAAAAGGAGUUUGUGUGAAAUAGCUAUUUGAAUUCUCACAAAUCUAAUAAAGCACAAUCAUAUGUUGUU